AUGUUAAAUCUGAUCCAACUACGAGAUUGCUUGCAGAAGGAAGAACAACAGGAGCGAUCAAAUCAGCAACCAAUUCCGAAACACCAGAAUCAUAAGCAGCAACAAAUGAACAACUCGUCCAUACAGCACCACGGAAGAAAGGAAAUGGAAGAGGUAAACGAUCAUGUCGGCGAAAUUAAUUCUGGGCGUUCUCCAUCUACAGGCAAAACGCCGCGACUGGGCCGUCGUAUGACCAUCGAAGAAGAACAAAGUGGCGACUAUUUUCGGUCCAUUUCCAUUCUUUUACUUAAUUAUUAUGCGUUUUUUGCAUCAUUGGUUAAACAGCAAAAAUGCAUAAAUUGUCGAGAGACUGCCUUUGGAAAUAUGCAGAUGUGUAUGUUUUAA